UGACGGCCGAACAAAACAGCGUACUUUCAAUGGAACAACACGUAUAUUAAGAGAUGACGCAUUCAAUCUUUUGUCUCAAAUCACCGCAAGUGGUGAUUCCUCUUCUUUGUUGUUUGGUUAUCGGGAUUUGUUCACCUGUACCAGGGGAUUUGCCAAGGCGCAAACUCAGAAAUACAGUCGGAGAGAACAUCGGUGACGAGGAGAAAAACCAAAUCUGUAGAGACCAUUAUGGUUCUCAAGAGUACAUAUGGGUUCCCGAGCCGUUAAAUAAGUGUGAGCCAUGCAGCUUUGCAUGUUCCAGAUCGACAGAGGCCUAUUGCGAAGCAUGCCCAGGAGCCACCACUACACAGGCACCUGCGGAGACGACCUCCACGGCCCCGCCUACCCAGGCUGCUACGACGGUCCAGACCAUCAUGGAAGACCCGAUUCUACCAACCGCAUCUGAUCAAGUUGUAACCGGGGGAUCUGUGGCUGAUGCAACCACAACCGAAGCAAGAACUGAUGGGAAUGAUUUGCCAUCAAGAAAAUUGAACGUCGGCAUGGUGGUGGGCAUUGUCAUUCUGCUAGUAAUUGUGUGCAUCUUGAUUGUGUUCCUGAUCGUAUGUGCACAUAAUUGGCUGAGAAACAAACGAGGCGCUGGAGAGCCAGAGAGUCGUGAUGAGCCCAACCCAGAGGAGCUGCCAUUGUCAGUCGAAGACAGCCACCCUGCAUCCUCCAACCACCCGUGGUAUUCAGACCUCAAUGGCGUCACUGCCGACCCACGCCCAGUUGGCAUUCUUAACGAAUCGGAAGUCUAAUACCAUCAAAGGGUAGUCUUUUUUUUUUUACACAACUAUAGGGACCA